ACACAAGUACAUCGGGAUCAAGGUUCGAGCAAGAAGCAUAAGUUAGCGGCACACUCACCAAAAAAACAGCGUUUUCCUGCCGAUCAUUCGCGCUGAGCGGUGCGUCCUGCGGUGCGCAGCGGUCAGCCUGAAGAGUCCCUGCAGCCUGAAGCUCACAGUUUGUCGGCUCCAGUUUUUAGUGUAUUGGAGGCGCGGUGAUCAGAAGCUGUACGAGAUGAUCCCCAGCUUUGUGUUUCGUUCUCAAUCUCUUUGGGGCAACCGCGCUUUUUCCGCAGCUUUGAAGGGUUUGCGGACAUCAUGGACACGUCAGCCUGGAUUACCAACAACCGCGCGUUUCAUCCAUGUGGAGUGUCCGCCCAUCAUCCCCACUCUCACCACCAGCUACGCCCAUGGCACGUCUUCCAUGUCACUGCUCCAUGAUACAGUAGCAGAGGCUCUGCUGAAGACUGUGGAGCGCUGGCCUGACAGAGAGGCCAUGGUCUUUGUGGAGGACGGAGUCCGCAAGACCUUUGCACAGUUUCAACAAGAUGUGGACCAGGCUGCAGCCGGGCUACUGGCACUUGGACUGAAGAAAGGAGACCGACUCGGCAUGUGGGGGCCAAACACUUAUGAAUGGGUCCUGUUCCAGUUUGCAACAGCCAAAGCUGGCAUCAUACUGGUGUCUGUGAACCCAGCAUACCAACUGCAGGAAGUUGAGUUUGCACUGCGCAAAGUCGGCUGUAAAGCUAUUGUAUGCCCUGCACAGUUUAAGACUCAGAAGUACUGUGACAUGUUGAGGAAGAUCUGUCCAGAAAUUGAGUCAUCAACCCCAGGAGACAUCAAGAGCGCCAGACUCCCAGAACUCCGCUCUGUGAUUGUGCUGGACAGUCGACAGCCGGGAAUGUUUCACUUUGAUGAUGUAAUGCAGGCCGGCGGCAGCCAGCACAUGCAGCAGCUGCAGGAUCUGCAGAGGAAGAUCUGCUUUGACGACCCCAUAAACAUCCAGUUCACCUCGGGGACUACAGGAACUCCAAAAGGCGCCACCCUGUCACAUCACAACAUCAUCAACAAUGCCUACUUUGUUGGAAACAGAGUGGGAUACAACUGGAGGCCUCACACUCGUGUCUGCGUGCCCGUUCCUCUGUACCACUGCUUCGGCUCUGUCGGGGGUGGAAUUGUUAUGGCAGUGCAUGGCGUCACGCUGGUCUUUCCCUCUGCUGGCUACAGCGGGAAGGCCAACCUCGCAGCUAUGGAGAGUGAGAGGUGCACCUUCAUUUAUGGUACUCCCACCAUGUACGUUGACAUGGCCAGCCAGCUGGAUUUGUCUAAAUAUGACUUGUCAUCAGUGGUGGCAGGCAUCAUGGCUGGUUCCCCGUGUCCCCCUGAACUUGUGAGGAAGGUUGUGUCUUUAAUGGGCAUCAAAGGAAUAACUAUUGCAUAUGGCACCACGGAGAACAGUCCCGUCACAUUCCUUGCCUCCCCAAUGGACAACAUACAGAGGAAGAGUGAGACGGUUGGCUACAUCACGGACCACUUAGAGGCCAAAAUAGUGAAUCCUACAACCGGAGAGAUUGUUCCUUUGGGAAUGAAGGGGGAGAUAAUGAUCAGAGGAUACUGCGUGAUGUUGGAGUAUUGGGCCGACCAAAAUAAAACAGAAGAGAGUAUCACUAAAGAUGGCUGGUACAAAACUGGAGACAUCGGCAGCAUGGACCCGUACAGCUACCUGAAAAUCGAUGGCAGGAGUAAAGACAUGAUCAUCAGAGGAGGAGAGAACAUUUACCCUGCUGAGAUCGAACAGUUUCUGCACACACACCCCAAAGUAAUGGAGGCACAGGUGGUCGGCGUGGAGGAUGUCCGUAUGGGGGAGGAGGUGUGUGCCUGCAUCAAACUGGUGGACGGUCAGGAGUGUACUGCAGAGGAGAUCAAGGCUUACUGCAAAGGACAGAUUUCUCACUUCAAGAUUCCUCGAUACAUCCUCUUCGUGACCAGCUAUCCACUCACUGUAACUGGAAAGAUACAGAAGCACAAACUACGCGAAGAAGCCGAGAAGCAGCUGCAGCUGAAGGGGGAGAAAUAAAACACUACCGAUAUGUACGGAGAGAAUUCAGUUACUAUAUUCAUUGUAUAAGCAGGAUAUAUCACACACCAGAAAUACCAAUUGAGACUGAACACAACCAGCCAUCAGGGCGGGUUGAAACGUCUGAAGAGCCUCAGCUUUCUGUGGGCAGGGAUGAAGCCACACACUGUGGUAGGAAAAAAAAUCCCCCCCAAAAAACAAAACAUGAAAACACAUUAUCAUGCUGCUUUAAACACUCAAAAGAAUUAAUGCAGAAAAUAGUCCCCAACACAAAAACUACUAUAAAAUACCAACUUAAUGAGGAAGAAGAGCUUUGGUUGAGAGAGUAAAAACAAAUGAUUGCAGCAUUUUUAUAGGAUUUGAUAAGAUAGAGAACAGCACUUUUAUAAUUCCCUGGAUGUUUAGCGAGGCUUAACAUGUUGAACAGUUCAGUUUUUAUCCUGCAGAAAGCCAUGAAACUACUCUUUUUUAUAUCAAAUUGAAAUAAACUUUCCAUUUUAUUAAAACCA